AUGAGAAAAAACUAAACCACAUUAAAAACAAGACCUGCCCGAGCCAUCUCACAAGUAGUUAUAUUGUCAUUCUCAUAGGCCAAAGAUCCAAAAGAAUCUUAAUUUCCCAUCAUUGAAUAGAAAUCAAUUAAACCUUCUUCCGUCAUGAGAAGUUCAAAAAAAUCAUUAGACUUUAAUCGUCUCAUUAAAAAUCCAAAAUUAAAUGAUAGCAAGUUAGAGGAGGCUUUGGAAGCAGAUUUGGGUUUAAAACGAAUGGAAAUAAAAGAUGUCAAGCCUUUAAAGAAUUCCCCUCAAAAACCUAAUUUACAAUUGUCAUCAGAAAGUAGUUAAGCUGAAGGAGAACAGCGAGCAUCCACUCCACCCAGAAAAAAUCGCAAGGAAGGACAAGAUUUUAAUGUCAGGUCUGAAUCUUUCGCAACCUUAGAACCUAUGCAUCACGCUGAGGAAACAUUAGCAGAAAAUCUUAGAAUCCUUAUUAAAAUUUAUGAAAUCAUGUAUUCCCUCUUGAAUUCAAUGAAAAAAAAUACUACUCUAGAACUAAUAAAUUAAAUCAACCAAUACAUGGAAUUGACUGAAGAUACUGGAUUUUAAUAUCUGGAAGAAUUACUACAAGAACACGUCAAGUAAAUUAGAUAAAUAUUUUUAAUUUUACGAGUUGGAAUUGUUGUUUUGGUGAAUUGUUUUUUUGAUCUACAUUUCUAUUUAAGUAGUAUUAGUAAUAUUAAGAAUAUAUUACUCUACAAUAUCUAAAAUUUAAGUCACCUCUCUGAUAUUUUAUUAGAAAAACUAAAAGAUAAGCCUGAAUACCCCCUGUAUUUGUAGUUGUAUUCCUAAUUAUAAUUUAACAUAAACAAGAAAAACAAUAUUUCUAAAAAGCAUGAAUAUUGGACCUACAUUAAAUAAAAUAUAGAAUUGUUACAAAAUCUCUAUAAAUCACUAACCAAAGGGUAGAGAGACCUCUAUUAAUUUUUAAUUAUCUUCCUCAGGAGUAUAUAAAAUUAUACAAUAAAGGAAUCAUUACGAAAUCUACAAGAAUUCAUUUCAUUUUACUUCACAAUCUAACAAAGCUAUUAGGGGUUAUUGGGAAUACCUUUGAUUUGUGUAGCUCCUUAGCCCUACCUUCCUUAUGCAAACCAGAAAACAUAUACUCUGGUUUUAGAUAUGGAUGAAACUCUAAUACAUUUUACUGAUUAGACAGGACACUUUUUAAUUCGUCCUUUUACUCAUCAAUUCUUAUAAGAAAUGAGCUAAUUUUAUGAGUUAGUUGUAUUCACAGCAGGUUUACCAGAUUAUGCAAAUUGGGUUUUAGAUCAGGUUGAUAAAAACAAGAACAUAUCAUAUCGGUUAUUUAGACAGCAUGCAUUGCAAUAUUCUAAUUAAUUUAUAAAAGAUCUUUCCAGAUUGGGAAGAGAUCUUUCAAAAUGUAUAAUAGUGGAUAAUGUUCCUGACAAUUUUUAAAAUCAACCUGAAAAUGGAAUAUUCAUAAAGACUUGGUACAGCGAUUAAAAUGAUACUGCCUUGGCUGAAUUAGGUCCAAUUUUGAAAUCGAUUGUUAUGAAAAAAGCUGAAGAUGUUCGUUUGGCCUUGAAGGAAGUAAGGAAAAUGUUGACUUAAAGUAUUUAACUACCUCCAUUGUAGGGGUGA